UCGUUAGCGGCCAGCCCUGCCUGCCUCACUCCCAAAUGGGUAACGAGCAUCAAAGAAAAAAAUCGGUCUCGCUAUACAGUUUGUACCUGUAGUUCGGCAAUCUUUUUGAUAUACCUGAUUAAGUUAGUGAACAAGUACAUUGUGAUUUCAACUCGGUGGUAUUCGAAUUACUUCUACAAGGAUCAUAUUUGAAGCUUGAGAGGAAUCGAAUUGAGAUCGAGUUAUACUCGGACCAUGUCAGCAUUUGAACGAAUGUCAAACCCACCAAGCUUUGAUUUUAAAGCUAACCAGAACGGAUUUGACUCCAAGUUCAAUGGGUUCAGUGAUCCUCGGAGGUCAGGCAACGGGCCGUCCAAGAGGGCUAGUUCCAAUUCCAAUUCCAAUAAUAAUAAUAAAAAUAAUAACAAUAACAACAAUUCUAAUGCCAAUAAUAAUAACAAUUCUAAUGUCAAUAAUAAUAAUCAACGAAAUGGUAAUGUUAAAUCUUUCCGAAAGAAACAACUGCAACAGCAACAGCAAUCGAAAUCAGAGCGAAAUACUCGAUCAGAACUGCCAGUAGUAACCUCAGAUCUGGAUCCCUUAGAUAAACCUACUACGGUAAUACCCAGACAAUCAGAAAUCAAAUAUCAAAAUUAUACUCAAGAUGAAAUAGCAUUAACUGGACCAUUAUUUAAUGGAUCAGAAUUAAGUAAAUUUAAACAAAUUCCUCAAAAAGUUAUACGGCCUCGUCAAAUGCCUAAAUAUCUAUUAAUUCAACCAAGACUCUUACAUACUCCACCAUUUCAACAAAAUUCAUGGGAUAAACAAAAUCAAGCAAAAAUGAGACAAAUGGAACAAGCAAAUGGAGGUAAAGAUUAUCAAGGAAUAUAUGAAGAAUUUCAAAAAAUGAGAGAAAUAGAAAGGAAACAAAUGGAACAAUUUGGUUUAGUUGAUGCAGAAAAUAUUAGUAAAGAUUUAAAUGAUGCUAUAUUAUUUCAAGGUACUUGUUUAGAUAUGUGUCCAGUAUUUGAAAGAGUUCGUAGAGCUUUAGAAAAUAAUGUUAAACAAUUAGAAAGAGAUCCAAUUACUAAGAAAAUAUCUCCUGAACGAGCGGUAAAGGCAUUUUCAAGACCAGCUGCUGGUCAACCUCCACCAUUACCAUCUGAAGUUAGACCACCUCAUAUUUUAAAGCAAACUUUAAAUUAUUUAAUUGAUACAGUAUUAGAUCAAUUACCUGAAGCUCAUUCAUUUUUAUGGGAUAGAACAAGAUCUAUUAGACAAGAUUUUACUUAUCAAAAUUCAUUUGGACCAGAAGCAAUUGAAUGUAAUGAAAGAAUUGUUAGAAUUCAUUUAUUAUCAUUACAUGUAAUGGCAGGAAGUGAUGUUGAAUAUUCUCAACAACAAGAACUUGAACAAUUUAAUAAAGCUAUGCAAACAUUAAUGGAAAUUUAUCAAGAUGUACGACAACAUGGAGGAAUUUCACCAAAUGAAGCUGAAUUUAGAGCUUAUCAUUUAUUAAGUCAUAUAAGAGAUCCUGAAUUAGAAAGAGAAAUUCAAAAUUUACCAUCAAAAAUCUUUCAAGAUCCUCAAUUACAAUUGGCUCUUAGAUUAAGACAUUUAAUAUCUCAAAAUAAUAUUUCUGAACGAGGAAUUGCUAAUACUUUAUCAGCAAUUAAUAUGUUUGCAGAAUUUUUUAAAACUGUUUUUGAUAAAUCAACUCCAUUUUUAAUGGCAUGUUUAUUAGAAACUCAUUUUAAUGAAAUUCGAUUUUAUGCUUUAAAAGCAAUGGUAAGAUGUUAUCAUUCAAAGGGUAAAGCAUAUUCUGCUGAAUCACUUCGAUCAAUUCUUGGAUUUGAUUCAAUUGAUAAAUUAAUAAAAUUUGUCACUUAUUAUGAAGUAGAUACAUUUGAAGAAGAUGGAGAAAUUAAAAUUGAUUUAUUUAAUAAAGAGAAAUUAGAAUCCAAAUAUAAAUUGAAUUCGGCUCAUGAUAAACCAAAACCAACUCCAGCUUAUUCUUCUCAAUUAGUUCUUGAUGGUUUUAGUUAUAGAGAAAUUAUUAAUUCAGGUAAACAGAUAGUUCCAUUAAGUAAUACUCAAACUAGUUCAUUCAAAGACCUUGCUCCACCAAUUAAACAACUUCCAAGUAUCAAGACUUCAAAUUUAAAUACAGUUUCAGUACCAGUAUCUAGUUCAAUAUUUGCUCCACAACAACAGCAACAACCACAACAGCAACAACAACAACAACAACAACAACAACCGAAGUUCAGUUUUACUGUUCCCGAGACCAAACCACUCAUAACACCAUCUUUGUCGUUCGGUGUUAAACCUGAAGUAUCAAUAAAUAAACCAUCAUUCUCAUUCACUGCUCCUGCUUCUGUUCCAUCUCCCUUGCUGCAACAGCUGAAACCUGCACAAGUAUCUGUUGAACAAAAAGCACCCAAGAAAUCAUCUCUUUCUAGUUUCUUAUCUUCCACUCCUAAGACUAUACCUAUUUCAACUACCCCCGAUAUUAAUGCUCCAAUUGAAUCCAAACCUAUGUUUACUGCACCUAAAGAAAUAAUUCAUAAGACAGUAGUUCCUCCUCCGCCUAAAGUAGAGAAGAAACUUAAACUCACUGAAAAUCCUAAAUUUGAAUUAGCUUUAAAACAAUUAACUGAAGAUAUAAUAAAUGAAUCAAUUUUAAUGGAAUUGAAGUCUUUAUUACCUAAAGUUAAUCAAGCUUAUAAUUUAAAAAAGGAACAUAAUCGAAUAAUUAAUACCUUAGGAAAUGAAUUAUACAAUGCCUUUUUAAGUGAAGUCAUUCAUCAAGAGAUUUUAAAUUUCACGGCUGAUUUUCAAUAUCGACAAAAUUGUAAGAAAUUAUUAAUUCGAAAGGUUAAACAAGUUGGAGAUAAAUUAAUUAAGAAGAGAGAAGUAAGACAAAAGAAAUUAAAUGAAUUAAAAUUAGUUCAAUUUAGAGUUCCUCAAUUAAAGCGUACACUUGGAGCCAGUGAAACUUCAUUUAAAAGAAGUAAAAAGGUAAAAACUGAUAAAAUAUCUAUUUCAGAUAGACAAAAUAAAGUUAAUGAAUUAUGGUCACCAAUAGAUCUUACACAAUUUGUUAAUUUAUGUGCUUCAAAUGUAAAAAUUUCUAUUGAAAAUGAUAAUCUUGAUUUAAAAUUUCUUUUAGUGGUUGAAAAUUGGUCUAGUGGAUAUUCUAAAUGGUUAAAUACAAAAUUAUCAUUAAAGGCAAAUCAAAUUGAAAGAAUUUAUAAAAAUACUGUUAGUACUGAUAAAAUAACUUUAAAUUUAUUAAGUUUACCAAGUCUGAAUUAUUUAAAUAAAGAUUUCUUUUCUACUACAUCAUUUAUACUUUUUGAAUGUGGUUUAACAUCAGAUACUGGAGGUAAUAUUUAUGAUAAAUUGAAAAAGGAUAAACUUAUUCUUGAUAAAAUUACUUCUUUAGUAGAUAAAUUUAGUUACUAUAAAGUUGAAGUAAUAAUUUUAUAUUGGGAUGCCCAAGAUUCUAAAAUUCCUAUAGAAGAAGUUAUUAAAGAAUUAGGGAUUUCUGAACAAGAAAAGAAAGAAAAUAUUAGUAAUAUAAUAUUUUGUGAUAUGACAACAGCUGAAGGGAAUAUUAAUGAUAUUCUUAGUAAUGCCUUUAGAGAUUUAAGUAAAGAUUUUAAUUUGGAUUUAACUAGUAGAGGUAGUAGAAAAUUACAAAAGAUAUCUAAACAAAAGAAAGUACUGGUUGAAUCAAUUAGUAAUACUCCAAAUAUAAUUGAAGGUAUUAAAGAUUCUGAAAAUAAUUUAUUAGAAAGAGCCAAGAAAGCUAGACGAUUUGAAUAUUUAAAUCAUCAUUUAAAUCGUGCGAACAUCCAUAAAUCAACUAAAAGAUCUCGAUUAGAUAAUACAACUACAUUUAUGGAUAAUACAUCGAUGGCUUCUAAUCUUACUUUCAAUAAUAUUUCUAAUUUAGUAGGGUUUGGAAAGGGAUUUCUACAAGAAAGUACUCCUACCAAUUCUCCUAGUACUUCAACAUUUAUUGAUUUAGAAGAUCAUUUACAUUCGUCGUCAACGGCACUACCACUACCUGGUAGUACUAGUAGCAGCUCAAGUAGCGUGCACCAGCUCAGACAGUUGACAGCUAACAUAAAAUCAAAAUAUAGAAAACUGUAGCCGUAGCUUUCCCCUGUAUUAUAUCAAGCCAAUAGCACUAGCAUAACAUAUAUAUAUAUAUAUAUUUAUAUUAUAUUAUAUAUAUAUAUACUUCUAUAUACUUAUAUAUACAUGUAUUUAUAGUAAUCUUUUAUAGUAAUGUCCGU